UGCAGAGCUAAGCAGGGGAGUAAAUGAAUGGAAAUUUAUUUUCACCCAAAGCCCAAAGACUGAGAACUGCAUCCCAGCCCAGGAUCUGGGAGGCAGCCUCUGCGUUUCUAGCCUCCUAAGUGGGUCACCUUCUCUCUGCAGGUGUUUCCCAUUAAACACUACCAGGACAAAAUCCGGCCUUACAUCCAGCUGCCAUCACACAGGAACAUCACUGGCAUCGUGGAAGUGAUCCUUGGGGAAACCAAGGCCUAUGUCUUCUUUGAGAAGGACUUUGGGGACAUGCACUCCUAUGUGCGCAGCCGGAAGAGGCUGCGGGAAGAGGAGGCCGCCCGCCUCUUCAAGCAGAUCGUCUCCGCCGUUGCCCACUGCCACCAGUCGGCCAUCGUGCUGGGGGACCUGAAGCUUAGGAAAUUUGUCUUCUCCACGGAGGAGAGAACCCAGCUCAGACUGGAAAGCCUAGAAGAUACACAUAUAAUUAAGGGAGAAGAUGAUGCUUUGUCAGACAAACACGGCUGCCCAGCCUACGUGAGCCCCGAGAUUCUGAACACCACGGGGACCUACUCCGGGAAGGCAGCGGACGUUUGGAGCCUCGGAGUGAUGCUCUACACCCUUUUGGUGGGACGCUACCCCUUCCAUGACUCAGACCCCAGUGCCCUUUUCACCAAAAUCCGACGUGGACAGUUCUGCAUUCCUGACCACAUUUCCCCCAAAGCCAGGUGCCUCAUUCGCAGCCUCCUGAGACGGGAGCCUUCUGAGAGACUCACUGCUCCGGAGAUCUUACUCCAUCCCUGGUUUGAGUCCGUCUUGGAACCUGGGUACGUUGACUCAGAAAUAGGAACCUCCGACCAGAUUGUUCCAGAGUGCCAGGAGGACAGUGACAUCAGUUCCUUCUUCUGCUAAUCCCCAAACCUCAGAAACCUCAUAAUUCUCACACAUGGCAUUUAUUUCCAUUUCUAAAGAUGGACAGGCCUUUUGGCGUGGGGCCAACCAGACUUGUGAUGGCGUAAAGACUGUAGCUGCUGAACUCAACAUGGUGCCCCCCUCUUAUAUGUCCUGACAAGUAACUGGGGAGGUGAGCAGUGCACACUCUGACUGGCUGCCCUGCAGAGCUGUUGCCCUUAAGGAAACUUUGCCGACUAUCCCUUUGCCAGAUUCAGGGGUUCCGCAUCUUUUAGAGGUGGCAACGAGGAUGGACAUCCUGCAGCAUGUGAUCAAGUGAAAUGAACCUGAACAUUCUAAAGGGAGAGGAAAUGAAUCGCACAAUGGCGUUUUGGGCAAUAACCAUAUUUUUAACAGGGUGACAAAUCAUUUGGGCCAAUAAACCUGCUGUCUUCGAACUUGUCUUUGAUAGCCAGACUCUUGCUACCCCAGCUUCUCUGCUUGGAAAGUUUUUUUUUCCUGGUUUGGUUUAAUGCUCUCCCUUUCUUCAUGUUUUUGGAGCAGACUGUUCCAGGGGCAUAGAAACCUGCCUGAACCGUGAACCCAGAAUCUCUCCUCCAUUUUCUGCCAAGACCCCAUUUGCACUAAUGCCUUCUUUCUGACCUUGAAACUCGCUCCCCCUCUCACCUCCCACCACUUUAAAAGCACUUAGCAGCUAACUGUGGAAAAGUAUCACAAAAGAUUCAGACUCCUGGCUACUUCAGAACUCUGAGCUCAGACAGAGACUAGAGAUUUUUAAAAAGAAUUCGAACACUUGGAAACUGUUAGCUUUUUUGGUUCCCCUCAAAUAUGCUAGGAUUUAUCCUUUACUUUUUUCCCCAAGACCAUCUCAGGGUGGAACAUUCUGUCUAGGAGGAGAAAGAUAAGGAGCCUCCCCACUCCCCUGCCCAAGAGCAAAUGUUAAACAUCUUUGUGCUUCAGAGAAAGUGAAUUUUGGAUAGUCUUAGACUAACUUCCAGAAUUAUACUUUAACCCCCACCCCUGUGGAUAUGGUCUACAGUUUUCCAUGUUUCAGACACGCUGUAGUUUAUGAAGACAUCUGUACCACCAGCAUCUGCAGUGAAAUAGCAAGCCCAAAUCUUUAAAAUCAGAAGGGACUUUAAAAGUCAUCCAGUCCAACUUCUUUCCUUUUUCUGCCACCUACUAAUUCAGAGAUCCCCCCCCCCCGCCCCCUUCAGCUUCUUUCACAGGUGGAACUCCAGCCUCUAUUUGAAUGCUUCCAGAGAUGGGAACUCACUACCUAUAAAAGAUAGAGCUUAACAGAGAAACUGUAGCUUGCAUUAAAAAAUACGAGUACAGAUGAAAUAUCAGUAAAUGUCUUGGACAGUCCUGAAACCAGGUGGUUAAACGGGUAAACCAAACAUACUGUAUUUUGAGAAAUGGCACAAAAAAAAAAAACAAAACAGGCAGUCACCUUUAAGGGCUACGCCUAGGCAAACUACUAACAUGCAUUGUGAGAAUACCGUGUAUACCUCACGCACCGUGUACUUUGUAUAUAUAUUGUACCUUUUAUACAUAUGUCUGAUAUUUUUUGUUGUUUUGGCUCUGAUGCUUGUUUUGUUGUUUGUGUCUGUCUGAACAACCUGCGUGUCUAAGACCACGUGAAAUGUGAAUGAUCAUUGGCAAUAUUACCUUGACAGAAUCAUGGGACUCAGAGAAGAGGGAGGGCAGAGGCCUCUGCCGCACUAAUGCUCUCGUGGUUGCUUGAACGUUGUAUCUGUGAUACAUUAGCUGGCUGAGGACUCUGGGCUGGCUGGGGCUUCGAAACACUAGAUCCUUCCUGUACAUAUGUGUGUGUGUAUAUAUAUAUGUGUGUAUAUAUAUAUAUAUAUAUAUGUGAGACGGCUGUUUCUGACUUGUAGAGAAAUUUUAAUAAAUCUGGUUUCGUAAA